AGAGCGAGAGGAGUGAUCUGAGAGAAAGUGUAACAGCAUUGAUAGUGAGAUAGAGAGGAGAGAUGGUGUGUGUGUGUGUGUGCGUCCGUGCGUGUGUGUUUCAGCCCUUGAGUGCCAUGCAUACAGGGACCUUUGAAAUGUUUGGAUCCUUUUUAUGUGUGAGAGAGAGAGCUGAAAUAGUUUGAGAGAUAUGAGAAGAGAGAGCGCUCAGAGUGUAGAGCACAGAGAAAAGGAGUGUGUUCAAGAGAAUGCGUUCAAGAGAGUGUUCACUAGAGAAAGAGAGCAAGAGAGAGAGAGAGAGAGAGAGAGAGAGAGAGAGAGAGCAGGCACACAGACACAGAGGGCUGUGAUCACAUGCUUCUUUCUCUGCACAGCACGCUGUUUUUGUUUAGCCUCUCCGGUGCAGCUGAGAGCUAGAGUCGCUCACACUGUCAGAGAGCACCACACAGCACACAGUGCUGCCUAAGCUUGAGUGGAAAGUUUCCACAGCAGAGUCAGGACUCAACUACUCCUGUCCUACUGAGAGUAAGCCAUACCGAAGAAGAGACAGAGAGAGCUCCUGAGCAGGCUUUGACCCCUGACCUCCAGGUGUGGAGGUGUACCAUGUGUUCUCCCGCUCGGGGGGCGUGAACCCAUCUCUGCUGUGAGGAGUCGUCCUGUGGGACCAUGGGAACAUCGACGCUGGGGAAGGCAGCCCCCCUCAACAUGCUACUGGAUGCCUGCAUCCAGGCUUUUGAUGACAAUGGGGAGUUGCAGUCCAACCAGCUCCCUCGCACCCUGCUGCUGAUGCACCGCUGGUAUGUCACGUCCACAGAGCUGGCCGGGAAGCUGCUCAUGAUAUACCGUGACUGCCAGGGAGAUGAGUGCCAAAGAACGAGACUGAAGAUCUGCUAUUUAAUGAGGUACUGGAUUACGGUGUUUCCUGCAGAGUUUAACUUGGACAUGGGCCUUAUCCGCCUCACUGAGGAGUUCAGAGACGUGGCGGCUCACCUGGGCUGUGAGGAACACUACAAACUCAUUGACAUCUCCACCAUCCCGUCAUAUGACUGGAUGAGAAAGCUGACCCAGAGGAAGAAGCAGGCCAAGAAGGGCAAAGCCUCACUCCUAUUUGACCACCUAGAGCCCAUGGAGCUGGCUGAACACCUCACGUUCCUGGAGUACAAGUCCAUCAGGAGGAUAUCAUUCACAGACUACCAAAGCUAUGUGAUGCACGGCUGUCUGGUGGACAACCCAACGCUGGAGCGCUCCAUCGCCCUGUUCAACGGAGUGUCCCAGUGGGUUCAGCUCAUGGUGCUCAGUAAGCUGACACCCCAACACCGUGCUGAGGUCAUCACCAAAUACAUCAACGUGGCCCAGAAACUCCUCCAACUGCAGAACUUUAAUACGCUGAUGGCCGUGGUUGGAGGUCUGAGCCACAGCUCAAUCUCUCGUUUGAAGGAGACCCACUCUCAUCUGACACCCGAGGUCAACAAGAUCUGGAAUGAGAUGACGGAGCUGGUCUCCUCCAAUGGAAACUACUGUGCUUACCGCAAGGCCUUCACAGACUCCGAAGGCUUCAAGGUCCCCAUCUUGGGAGUCCACCUGAAGGACCUGAUCGCCGUGCACGUGGUCUUCCCCGACUGGGUGAACGACAACAAGGUGAACAUCGUAAAGAUGCAGCAGCUCUAUCUCACCUUCAACGAGCUGGUGUCCCUUCAGAGUGCUGCAGCCCAGGUGGAACCCAACAUGGACCUCAUCUACCUGCUCACCCUCUCUCUAGACCUUUACUACACUGAAGAUGAGAUAUAUGAGCUAUCCUUGCUAAGGGAACCACGGAACCCAAAGUCUUUGCCUACUUCUCCGACAACCCCCAACAAGCCAAUGGCCCCUCUGGACUGGGCAUCAGGUGUGACAACCAAACCUGACCCCAAUGUGGUGAACAAGCACAUCAGGAAGGUGGUGGAUUCUGUAUUCAGGAAUUACGACCAUGACCAUGAUGGCUACAUCUCUCAGGAGGACUUUGAGAGUAUUGCUGCCAACUUUCCUUUCUUGGACUCUUUCUGUGUGUUGGACAAGGACCAAGAUGGCCUGAUUAGUAAGGAUGAGAUGAUGGCUUACUUCCUGCGGGCCAACCCCUUGCUCCAGUGUCAAAUGGGCCCUGGUUUUAUCCACAACUUUACGGAGAUGACGUAUCUGAAGCCUACCUUCUGCGAGCACUGUGCUGGAUUUCUCUGGGGAAUAAUCAAACAGGGAUACAAGUGCAAAGAUUGUGGCGUGAACUGCCAUAAGCAGUGCAGGGAGCUGUUGGUACUGGCCUGUAGGAAGCUGCCGCAUUCCACCUCUUUGCGAAGAGUCUCCCCUGGAGGCCUGACCCACAGCUCUCUACCCAGCAGCCCCACCAUGCCCACCUUCAAGGAUGAGGACGAGAUGUUUGAGUUCCCCUCGGUGACACCUGGAGGUUCUGACCUGGAGCAUAAGUCCAUCACCCUGAUGACGGGCUCGGCCCAGCGGAUCUCUGUGGGUUUACAGCGGGCCACUACCAGCCAGGCCACGCAGACGGAGCACCUGUGGCCAGAGCACACCUGGGGGGCUGGGGACGGGGGCUCCCACACCUUCCCCAAGAUGAAGUAUCGACCACACCGGCAGGCCUCCAAGAGCAAAGGCUUUGCACGCUGGGAGAACGAGGCCCAGGAGGAGCCCAGGGGUCGGCGGGAAUCCCAGAAGCAGACGGACAGACCUGCAGAGGUGGUGCAGAACGGGAUCAUACCACACAGAGAGAAGGACAGCUGACUUGGAGACACCAAGGGCCGAACCCAGGGCUCCAGGAGGCCCUUGGAAGCCCGCAUCAGGAAACUCUCCUCACUGGGCGAAGUACUUGGCUGCUUGAGGCCCCCGUUUGGUGACCUGGAGUAGGAUGGACUUCCUCUGACCUAUCCAGACAGGUCUUCAGUGAACCACAUAUGAAUACUGAUGUUUAAUCCCGAACCAGGGAUGUGAGUGAUGGGACUGAAAAAGCCCUUGUCCUCAAUGCUGCCCAGCUCUACACACCCUGCCUUCACAACCCAAUCAGUGUCAUUGGAAAAGGAUCCUGGACAACUUACAGUACAUGUGAUUUAGGUUUGUUGGGCCUCACCAGUGUUUGACUGACUGAAAGUAAAUGAGCGGGUGUCCACCUGUGCCUGUAUGAAUGUCGGAGCAUGUACAUGCUUCCUAUUUAAUUUGUGUGUGGUCUGUGGAGCACAUAUGUGUGGUAUCUACUGUUGAUUUGCUGAAAAAAUUAAGUUAUUUGGGUCACGUGGCUUAGUUGCAAUAAUGUAUAAUGUUUGUAUAAUAAUUCUCACAUUUUGAGGACACUGUGAACGUUCUAUGAUGGACUGGGUGGGGGAUGCAAAGUGAGAAUAAAAAAAACAACAUUUUUAGUUAUUUAGCAGACGCUCUUAUCCAGAGCGACUUACAGUAGUGAAUGCAUACAUUUCUUUCUUUUUUUUUCCGUACUGGCCCCCCGUGGGAAUCGAACCCAAAACCCUGGCGUUGCAAACACCAUGCUCUACCAACUGAGCCACACAGAAUGCAUUUGGAGAUGUGAGAAUGUGUUAAGAGAUCAAGAUGUAAAGCAAUAGAAAGUUAUAGGUGAAGAUGAAUAUGAGGGAAAAAGUGGCAGGUACAUUGUUUAUAAGGGUAAUGGAUUAAAAGUGUCAGGUACAUUGUUUAUAAGGGUAAUGGAUUAAAAGUGGCACCAGCUUCAUGUAGCAUGACAACUGAUGAUCGUUUAUGUGCCAGUUCUAUAUCUUAGUCUGGAAUACAAUAAAUGGUACUUGCUGUGUUAGCAUAAGGUAAAGUACAAUACAACCACUGAUACUUCUUUUAUAAACUUAAGGAAUAGUUGUCUUUUGGUUAGUCAAGAAAGCGUUAUUGUUUUCAGCCUUAUUAUUUCAAAGGGAUUUGAACUCUGUAUCCCAUCAGAACAAUGAGGUAAACUACAGAUACUUUACAUGUAUUUAUGGGUUUAGGUAUGUGAUAUUUCAUACAGUCAGGCGAUUCAAUGUUUAAAGUAUUCCGGUUAUAUCAAAGCAUUGCAGGCUGAAUAUGUGAAUAUGGGUCAACAAUGUUUCUCAUUGUCCACAUAAAUGGAGACACCAUUUGAGUGACCUUUGACCUAUUUUCAUCAGCUGAAGAAUCAAGCCUUUUGCAUUCAGGCAGAGGUAAUGGAAUCUCCACUAAGCCUUCAGUCAGUGGAGCACUGAUUACGCACUUGCUUACAGUGGCACCAGGUGUGAGUCCAGGUGCUUGUGCUGUGGUUGCCAGGCAUCAGUUGAGUGAGCAGGUCAGUUCCUCCAUCACCAAGGAUACAGCAGGGUUACGUAAGGGGAGGGAGUGUAUUUUCAUCUGUAGAGAGACUUCUUGUAGGGCCUCAAGGUAGGGACAAGUAGGUACGGGCAGGUGAGUUUGACAAGGAGGUCUCUGUAAUGACAGUAGAGUCUGACCUUCUGUUCGACACAGUAGGACAGAGCCAAGAACAGGACUGCAGGAUCAGAGGGCUCCAUGUUGGGGGAGGAGCAUGGGGGAAAUAUUGUGUAUAGUAGCAAGAGAUAUCCAAGGCUUCAUAUACAAGAAUUAAAAAGGUCCAAUGCAGCUGUUUUUUUUAUCUCAACAUCAAAUCAUUUUUGUGUAACAAUUAAGUACCUUAGUGUGAUUGUUUUCAAUUAAAAUGGUCAAAAAGAAACAAAUAGAUUCUUAGCAAAGAGCAAUUUCUCAAGCAAUAAUUUUGCUAGAACUGUCUGGGAGUGGUCCGAGAGGGGAGGGGAAAACUAGCUGUUAUUGGCAGAGAGGUUUGGAACUCUCUUUCUUAUUGGUUUAUUAACUCAUUUACCCCCUGGUGAUGUCACCAGGCAGACCAAAGCUCUGUCUCACCAAAACAGGCUGAAAUUUCAGGCAGUCUUUUCAAACAGCUCUUACGCAAAGGGCAUUAUGGAAAUAUACUGCAUAUAAAACACAGGAAAUUGCGUUUUUGACUGCACUGGGCCUUUAAGGGAUGACAAUGAUUCAGUGCUUAGUGGGUGACACGAGUCAGAGCAAUAUCGCUCUCUUUGCUGCUGGACUACUCAUAGAUAAUGUGUUGUUCCUGCAAGGUCUCCUAAACCCACAGUAUCAUCAUACCUGGCUGAAAUCAAGGACAGCAAAGUGUUGUGAUGCCACAGAGGUUCUUUCCAUAUGCUUGGCUGAGCUGCUUUCGAGUACAUUGGUCUGCAUAAGUUCUCAUUGAUCUUGUUGCCAGAUCUUAUAUAGCUCUACUGGGGUUGUUACGUGUUGGGUAUUGAGAACAUACACAUGCAUGUAUAAUGUUACACUAAUGAAUGCCACUAAUCUGACCUUUGAAUUCUCUGCUUGUCUCACACUCACAGACACUUUUAUAUACAAAAGUAUGUGGACACCCCUUCAAAUUAGUGGAUUUGGCUAUUUCAGCCACACCCGUUGCUGACAGGUGUAUAACAUCAAGCACACAACAUUAGCCGUAGAUUGGCCUUACUGAAGAGCUCAGUGACUUUCAACGUGGCACCGUCAUAGGAUGCCACCUUUCCAACAAGUCAGUUCUUCAAAUUUCUGCCCUGCUAGAGCUGCCCCGGUCAACUGUAAAUGCUGUUCUUGUGAAGUGAAAAUGUUUAGGAGCAACAACAGCUCAGUCGCGAAGUGAUAGGCCACAAAAGCUCAC